GCCAAACCCACGCGGAUUGACUACGGAAGAAGGCAGCGUUCGUCAUGAGCUAUUGGAUUGUAGCGGUGCCGAACGAAGGCAACAACUCAAGCGACUCGACCUUCAAUGAGCUCAAAGCAGAAACCGCGUCGUCGAAGAAUGACUUGGCCGAGCUGUUCCGCUUGGAAUUGCCGUCGGACUUGCUUGUCGGCACAUUGGACUCGCUCAUGACUCUUGGCGAGGACAUGCAACGCGUUGAUCUUGUCGUGGAAGGCGCAGUGCGGAAGAUCGAGCGUCAAUUCUACGAACUGAACAAGGGAGGCGAAGCGCUCACUGUCGAUGGCGUUCCCGUGGAACGUUACUUGCAUCACUUUUCGUGGGAUGAAGCGAAGCAUCCCCACCGUCGCCCAUUGUCGGAGAUUGUGUCCAUCAUUCAAUCGUCGAUUGGCAAGAUCGAAGAAGAGCUGAAGCAGCUCAGCACACGCUACACGGAGAAGAAGCAGCAGUUGUCGCUCCACCAAAAGAAAAAGGGUGGCAACUUGCUCGUGACCAACCUGGCGGAAAUUCUGACCCCCGACAUCGUCAAAACAUCCGACUUUGUCAAUACCGAGUACUUGCAAACUCUCGUGGUUGUCGUCCCCAAGUCGCAAGAAGAAGUGUGGUUGCAAGAGUAUGCAACGAUUGGCGACGGCAUUGCCGAAUACGGCCCCAAGCAAUCGCGGGGCACGGUCAAGGGCUCCCCCGUCGUUCCCAACUCGUCGCGAAAACUGCUAGAAGAAGGCGACGCGUGCUUGUACACGGUGACAAUUCUCAAGGGACAAUACCAAUCUGGGUCGUACGACCAAGACGGAAACUUUGAACCAGGCACGUUGUUGGAUUACGUGGAGAAGUUCAAGCAAGCAGCGCGUGAGAAGCGCUUCACGGCGCGCGACUUCACCUUUGACCCGACCUCCCACGCGACCAACGAGACGAUGGUGGCGGAAUUGGAAGUCGAGGUGAACCGGUUGUACUCGGGACUCUUGCGAUGGUGCAAAGCCCAUUUUGGCGAGACCUUUAUCGCGUGGAUGCAUAUCAAGGCCGUUCGCACGUUUGUCGAGUCGGUGCUUCGCUAUGGGCUGCCCGUCAACUUUGUCGCGUUGCUGUACAAGGUCAAGAACGGCCGCGACAAGAAGCUCCGUCAAGUACUCGACAAGCGCUACGAGCAUCUCCAGCCGUCGCAAUUUGCCGCUGUCGACGACACCUCGAGCGGGGCCGCCGUCGCCGAGUACUACUCGUACGUGUUCAACGCGUUUACGCCCUUGUCGUUGUAACGACCCGGUCGGGGCGACUCAGAAUCAGAUCCACUGAGGUCAAACUCAGAAUCAGAAUCAGUCGACGUGUUGGUGCUACAAGCGACUACUUGUCGUGGACGUCGCGACUGCUUCGUCCGAAUCGGACAGCGGGAGGUUGAACACCACGCGCAGGACGUCUGCAAUCGUGUGGACGUAAAUCAACUCGAUCGACGGCAAAGUCGCCUGGACGUCGUCGC